AUGUCCGCCAACAUGAACCCGGCCGGCGUGGACAUCACCGUCUUUGACCAGGACCUCAACUUUGACGAGUCGCUACUCGACGGCGUCAAUGGCCUUGCGCCUCUCCCCUUUACGCCUUCGUACGAGUUUGAGAGCUUCAACACCUUCGAAGACCCCUUCUCCUCCUACUCGGCCCGCCCAGCCUAUGAUGUCCCCGCCGACAGCACUGAGCCCUUUAACGAGGAGUCGCCCUCCCAGGAGCUCGACAACAAGCUCCUCAGCUUCUCCGCCCCGAUCCCCAGGGCCCAGAUCAUCGACGGCGCCGGCAUACUGGCCGACCCCAACAUGACCGCCGAGCUCUACGGCAUGUUCUUCGUCGCCGAGGACGUCUUUGGCGGCGACACUUCCGGCCGCCCUCUUGAGUUGACUUGCUACCGGAGGAACCUGUGGCAGUGCUCUGGCCAGAUCACCCUCCCCCGGAAUAUCAGUCACAUCCUGGACGACCAGUCGCAACACGUCCAGGUUUUCGACCUGGCUGCCUCCAUCACCGCCAUAGAAUCCAUCGAAGGCAAGGCCACCGAGAUCAUAUCCAUACCAUGGAAGUCUGCCGGCGACGAGGGGUCCAAGUCCCCCGCCGCCCCUCCCAACAUAGCCCUCGACCUGUCCACCGGCCAGGAGCUGGACCACAACCGCGUUUCCCUGCCUGUUUCGUGGAAACGAUUGCAGUUCAAACACGCCACCGCCAACAAUGGUCGGCGCAAGGGCUUGCAGCAGCACUAUGUCGUCCAGAUCAGCCUCCUGGGCAAGACCAAGAGCGGCGAAUAUCUAAAGCUCGCCGAUAUCCAGUCGGGGCCCGUCAUUGUCAGGGGCCGCAGCCCCAGGAACUUUGACAGUCGCAAGGACGUGCCCCUGUCAGGUGACAAGAAGCCCGAGAGGAGGGCCACCAUGACCCCAUCAGAUACAACACCCGUUCCCAAGGUUGAGCGGUCGGCGGAUCUGGCGCAAAAUAUCCAAAAAUAUCAUUCCCUGGGGAACGUGCAGCGCGGCGUGCCUUCGAGCGUGCCCAUAAACCUGUCCCUCUCCGAGGACGAACGCAGUCCCAACCGCUCCACCUCGGACUGCACCUCACCGCGGCAUUCCAAGUCGGUGGCAGCCGGCCAGAACCUGCAGAAGAGCCCUGAGGAUGACGAGGAGCAGCUUUACGAGUAUUUCCCCCUAAGCCUCGACGACUGGCAGCAACCCGUUGACGCCAUUUAUCGCCCUCAUGUCGUCCACCAUGUUUUUGUUCCCCCGGAGCUGAAGGCGCAGCAGGUUCGGAACAGAACUAAACGGUACUUCUCCUCUGACUGA